UAAUAACAUUAGUACAAAUCUAUUAAUUUUUCUAAUUAAUUUUUGUAUAUCUAGUCUUAAAUAUUAUUAAAAUAAUUUUAUAAUUAAACAAAAAAGCUAAAAUAUAUGUCCGAAAGUGGAGAACGCAUAGCAUUCUCUAGACACAUAAUAUAAAUUAUAAAAUAUAUAAAAAUAUAUAUCAAUAUUCGUUGACGCUUAAUCAUUUGUCUAGUCGUUAGACCUCUUAUCAAUUUUGAGCAUUAGUUUUUACUUCGGAUUGCACCAAAAAAGUAAAGCUAAUACAUAUGUACAACUAGAUUGUUAAUUUUUAGAAUGUAAUAUUUGAGAAUCCUCUAUUCCAUUCAUUUCACAAUUUUUUAACAAUUUAUUAAGAAUGAAAUAGAAUGCUCAUUUCAUUAGUUCCACAAAAAAUAAAUAUAAUUCAAAAAAUCAUUCCGCUAAAUUUUGUUCAUAAAUAAAUAGAAUAAAUUUCAUUCCAUUUUCCUCAUGUUUCAUUCUUUUUUAUUUCAUCAAUUCCAUUUUAUUUUUACUAGUUACAAUCUAUUUUUCUCUCUUUCAUCCCAAUAAGAUCUCUCUCUCUCUCUCCCUCUCCACAUCCCAUCACAAUUUCCAUUGUCUUCUUGUAUAAAGAAUCCCACAAGAGUAAAAACUAUUCUCUUCUCUCUCUUUCUCUCUUCACCAUGACUGAUCCUCAUUCCAAUUUCUUCACAGAUUGGUUCAAGUCUAAUCCUGUUCACCAUUACCCUAAUUUCUCCACUAACCCACCAGCUCUUCCUCCUCCCUCUUCCUUCUUCUUCUUCCCUCACUCCGGUGACCUUUGCCGUCCACCACCACCCCCAACCCCUCCCUCUUCCCCUCCUCUCCGUGAAGCCCUCCCUCUCCUCAGUCUCAGCCCCGCCAACAAACAACAAGACCACCAUGGUCAUCUAAUCCAAGAACCAACUUCAACCUCCAUCGAUGUUGAUGACUACUAUCAUCAUCACCAUCAAGAUGAUCAAAAUAACGAUGACCAUGACAUCACCGUUGCUCUUCACAUAGGCCUUCCAAGCCCUAGUACUCAAGAGAUGGCUUCUUUUCUCACGCUGUCCUCUUCCUCCUCUUCCUCAAGGACUACUCAUCAUCAUGAGAACAUGAACAACCAGAAAGAUCUCGACAACGACUACCAUCACGAAGGCACCGGCGGAGGAGAAGAUGACGAUGAAGAUUCAGUUGGCGGAGACGGCGCAUGUAGAAUCAGCAGACUCAACAAGGGUCAAUAUUGGAUCCCUACACCUUCUCAGAUUCUUAUUGGCCCUACUCAUUUCUCUUGUCCUGUUUGCUUCAAGACCUUCAACAGAUACAACAACAUGCAGAUGCAUAUGUGGGGACAUGGAUCAGAAUACAGAAAAGGACCCGAAUCUUUAAGAGGAACGCAACCAACUGGAAUGCUGAGGCUUCCGUGCUACUGCUGCGCACCGGGCUGUCGUAACAACAUUGACCAUCCAAGGGCAAAGCCUCUAAAAGAUUUCAGAACACUUCAAACACAUUACAAGAGGAAGCAUGGAAUCAAACCCUUCAUGUGUAGGAAAUGUGGAAAGGCUUUCGCAGUCCGAGGGGACUGGAGAACACAUGAGAAGAAUUGUGGUAAGCUUUGGUAUUGCAUAUGUGGAUCUGAUUUCAAGCACAAGCGAUCUCUGAAAGAUCACAUCAAGGCGUUUGGAAAUGGCCAUGGAGCUUACGGAAUUGAUGGAUUUGAUGAUGAAGAUGAGACUGCCUCUGAGGUAGAACAAUUAGACAAUGAUCAUGAGUCAAGGCGGUCCAAAUAGCGUAUAUAAAUUAGUUAAUACUUCGUAAUUCAGUAUAUAUAUUAAUUCUAAGAAUACCUAUAUCUAUGGAACAAGUUUUGAUGGAAGUAGGGCUUUUCUGAGUAAGAGCUAUAUCAUCUAAUUGAUCAUAGAUAAAAAGAAUGAAUCACUGAUCACUUGAAUUUCUUUUUAAAAAAUUGUAUCUCUAGUUUCUACUUAAGUUAUUAAAAGGCAAUGUAUAACUUCUUCUUUUUUUUGAAUGAAUGUAAGAUUGUAUUCAUCAAAAAAAGUUACAUCUAGUACUUAUACU